CUAGAAAGUACAGCAGAAAAACAAUGGGGAAAUGUUUCCCUCUAGCGGUUAUUUGACGCAACUGCAUAAACUCAACUUUAACCCGGAAGCUGUAUACGCCAUAGUGUUUUUCCGGCACGUGUCCGAAGUAGAAGACUCCUCCACGCUAACAUGGCAGCUUGUAAUGUCGACGAGUUGUUAGCCCAGGCGGAACGAGACGAGGCCGAGAAGCUCCGGAGUAUAACCGUCCACAAGGAGCUUGAGCUGGACUUUGACGUGGGUAACCUACUCGCUGUUGACAAGAACCGCGUCGAGCUGCGCGACUUUAAAGGGCAGAAAAAAGACGACUUUCUCCGCUCGCUGGCCCGCGACAACACACAGCUUCUCAUAAACGAGAUAUGGAAGCUCCCCACGGAAAGAGUCCAGGAAGCCAUUGUGGUUAAACUCCCCCAACCGACUACCGCCUUACCCAGAGAGAAGCCUAUACCUAAACCAAAACCCCCGACUAAAUGGGAACAAUUCGCUAAGCUGAAAGGCAUCCAGAAGAAGAAGAAAACCAACUUAGUAUGGGAUGAAACAGCUAAAGAAUGGCGGCGUCGUUGGGGCUACAAGCGGGCUAACGAUGACACCAAAGACUGGCUCAUUGAGGUACCGGAGACCUCAGACCCCAACGAGGACCAAUUCGCCAAACGCAUCAAGGCGAAAAAGGAGCGAGUGGCUAAAAACGAGUUCAACCGACUGAAGAACAUCGCCCGGGCGCAGAAGGUCAAACUCCCCGGCGUGGGUUUGACCCCUGUGGCUAAUCAGUCCAAAGACGAGCUAGCCAAAGCCGCAAGCGUGGCCAUGAUCUCCACUGCCUCUGUGGGCAGGUUCCAGGACAGGCUACCUAAAGAGAAACCUGUGAAAAACACAGGCAAGAAGCGGAAGUUCGACCCUCUCAUCGGUGACUUCUCCAACGAAAGAGAGAAGCAGCUGGAGCUCCUGAAGGUCAUGGAGGGCAAGAGGCCCAAGAUGGACAUCACUAAGGCGGUCAACAGGCAGAUGAAGGAGGAAGACCAGGAAGGGGGUGCAGCCAAGGGUAAAAAGAAAGCAGGCAGGAAGGGACGGCGAGACAACAUGGGAGGCAAAGGAAAGGGCAAGGGUAAAGGGAAAGGGCGCGGAGGAAAACCUCCAGGAGGAAAACCUCCAGGAGGCAAACCCUCAGGAGGAAAACCUCCAAGAGGAAAACCCAAACCUGGGAAGCGCUAAGACUUUGACUGACACACAUCACAUGACCACAAAACCUGCAUCCUGUUUAUCACACUGUAUUUCAAUAUUGACGCAUAUAUUAGUACAGGAAAUAAAUAUUUUCUCCGCA